CCUCUGUGCUGCAGUGGGCCAACAUCCAGAGGUCCAAACAGGGAUACAGAAAGCAGCUGACUAAGAACCAAAAUAAUAGCAAGGGACGACCUAGUUCUUUUACUGGAAGGCCAAUUGUUUGCUUUUGUGUUUCUGCUUCGUCAUCAAGAGCAACGCUUUUCACAUCUGUGCCACAAAAGCAACAAUAAAUUCUGGAAGGCCCCAGGCUGAUAUGAUAGGCAGGGCGAGGGGCCCGGGGCGGGGACAGCUAUUUCGACUAUAGACAUUGCUUUACACUGUUCAGUCUAGCAUGAGACUGCUAAGGGUGAGCACCCAAGUUUUCUCACAUUAAAGGUGCUGAAGCACUACUCCAGGGUUACCAUCAGCCCAGAGGAACCAGGCCAAAAUGUUCAAGACCAGCUUCCAGCGCGAGGUGCGCAAGGAGAAGUAUGAGCGCUCCGAUGUCUUUGAUGAAGAAACCGAGGACUCUGAAACCCCUGCAGGCGUCUCAGCCAUCCAGGGCUGGGAGAGCCUUCAGGAGCUCAACAGCCGCUUUGCCCGGUACAUCAACCGGGCUCGAGUGCUGGAGCAGCGGAACGCCGUGUUCCGCAAGCAGCUGGAGACGCUGCAGCGGAUGGAGGAGGCCAGUGGCCUCGAGGAGGCCUUCACAGAGCAGAUUGAAAUCAACAGGCAGCGAAUCAGAGAGCUGAGCUCCGAGCACGGCAAGCUGGAGCGGGAGUUGCGGGAAGCUUGCCGCAUGCUGGAUGACUAUACCAACAAAUACAAAAGUGAAUGUGAUUACCAAGAGCGGCUGCGGGGCACUCUGGAACAUUUAAACAAGGAAGCUGACAGUGCUCUGCUGAAGAAUCUGGAGUAUCAGAUCCAGUCUCAGUUCCUGCAGGAUGACAUCAAUUCCACCAGAGAUAGAAAUAAGAAGGACCUUGCAGAGAUCGAAACCUACGUAAAUAUUUUGCAGCAAAUUAACCAGACACUUCCCUUUGCUCCCAAUGUGUCAGCUGGCAUCUCCGAGGAGCAGGAGAAGUUGCUGGCCCAAAAGAAAAUACCAGGGCUGCAGUCGCAGCUGGAAGAGUACAAGAGCGCCCUCUGUCAGCUGCAGAUUCAGAAGCAACGUUUACAGAGUGAGUCUGCAAUGUUGGAGCAAACCAUCAAAAGCACACAAGAGAAUUAUGACAAUGAGAUCCAGCUGUACAAUGAGAACAUUGAAUCUUUACGGAAGGAGAUUGAGGAAGCAGAGAAAUCAUUGGAAAAAUAUAUCAGUGAUUGUCGCUACCUGGCCAUGUAUCAGACAUCCCUUGAGAACGAGCUGGAGCGGUACAAGAGGAUAAUCGAGAAUGAAGAUAACAGGUUGAAUUCUGCCAUAAUUGGCACUCCCAUUACCCUGUUUACCACUAGUUCCCGCUACACUCACACACCCAGUGCAUCAAGCAAGGGGAGAGAUAUCACCCAAGCUAUCCAAGAUAUCACAAGCAUAAAGCCCAGACAGAAGAUACUGGCUAAAAAGGUCUUGAAGAAGAAAGAACUGACCCCAAAAGAUGUCAUAGACAGCAGCCAGGAGGAGAGAAAUACAGGAGAGGGUGACGAUGAAGAAUCUAGUGUGACCUCUUCUGGGGAGUUGCAGGCUAAAAGGGUAAAACAAGAAGAUCAAGGUGCUGUGCUCACUGGGACAUCUCGACAGGAUGUCCCAGAUGGAGCCCAGAUUAGCAAAGCCUUCGACACUCUUUGCAACAUUGUCAGAGACAGAAUGAGAAAGUACCAGAGGCCUGAGCCAAUUGCUGAUUUCUAUACUAAAGGUCGCUAUGUCCUAGUUACUGGUGAUGGCAGCUACUUGGAUCCCUGCUUCUACACUUCCGCUCCAUCAGCUGGUCGCAUCUUUGUCACAAUAAGAGAUGGGAUGAUGUAUCCUUAUGACCCUCAUGGACGUGGCACGCCCUCUCCUCCACCCCCUCAGCCCAUGGUGGACCCCAGGCCUCUCAGUCCCACACUGCCUCCCAAUGCAGGAGAAGAUAACACUGGUGGAAAGGCCAAAGACGGCGGAGGAAGAGGUAAAUCUAAUAAUGGAGAGCCUUUCUCAAAAGAUCCAAAUCCCUUGUCUCCACCGUCGGACUCAAACUCCCAAGAUCCUGUGCCUGGGAACGACAGGCCCAAGAAAAAACUUGCAGCCCGUGGUGGCAGCAGUUCUAGUACCGGUUCCAGCACCAGCACCAGCACCAGCACCACCAGCUCGAGUAGUUUCAGCCCAGACACCAUGAGCUAUGAAAAGGUGGAGGUGGUGGAAUCUGUGGAAAAGUUCUCCAAUGAUCGCAAAGUCAAAGGUUACGAGGAAACCUCCAUGGUGGUGGAAACCAUGAUUGAAAAGUCGAGCAAGAAGAAACACUGAAAACACAUCAACUGUUGGCUGCAAUGUGGUCCAGGCCCUUAAAUGAGAACACAGUGUUGCUAUCAGUAACAGAAUAACUAAAUGCAAAAUGACUAACACCUAUGUUUCAGUCUCUUUGGGACAUGCAUCCUGCAUGAACACCAACUAAACCCUGAUAUUCCUCUUGCUUGCAUCUAUUUGCUUGAUGUCUCUGCUCCUGAGUCCUGAUUGUGUUCAGCCAGGACUCAUGCAAUAAGUCCUUUACUGUCUGAAAACUUGGGAUAAGAUUUAAAGCUCUAUGCCACCUAAAAAAAAAGAAUAAAAAAAUUCUCUCAAAAAGAGUAAGAAGUUGUGCCACCUAUUUGAUGUUCUCUUUUAGAACUCCGGCUUUCCCCUUUUAGCUUAAUUGUUUAAUUGGAUUCCACUUUCUGCCCUCAGCACUAUUUUGCUGUGUAUCAAUUGGAUUUGAUAUAUUGAAUAAUAAAAGACUCAAAUAGCUAAAGUUUUGCUUUGUUCAUUUGAAGAUGAAACGGUUACCAAAACCAAUAAUUUUUUUCUUUAAAGGUUUUUAAACUAGUGACCUUGAUUUGAUAGUGAUCUGACAGGAAAGAGGGUUAUGACAGAGGGGGAAGACAUGCAGAAAGGGUCAACGGACCAGGACUCAAACCUGUGACAACCACCUCGAUGACUCAAGCCACCAUAUGGUGUGUGCAUCAUCAUCGAACCCACCAAACCAUUUCUAGGAUAGGGAGUCCAGUGAUUGACUGCAAGAGUCAUUACAAGUUCAGAAAACACAGAACAUCAGUUCAUGACUAAAAGCUCAGUCAUAGUUGGGUUAUGCAACAUGUAAAUGAUCAGAAACACACCAGCAAGCCCACAUCUGAAUGGUAAAAUAAAUAAAAAAAGAAAGUUUUGAACUAACCUGUUUAAAUUCUGGAAUUUAAUUGGGAUGUUGUGAUGUGAUCUUACAUAGGCUGUUCAAGCUUGAAAACCUCCCAGUGUGGCUGAAUUAAAAAAGUGGAGUGGAGUGACAAUAUUUAAUGACAGCUGUUGCCACCAAAGGUGGUAUAGACAAUUAUUAGGUUUAGGGGCAAUUAGUAUUUUCUUAAAGAAAAAUGUUUAAAUUUUACAAAGUUUAAAUUUUGAUAUCCUUACAUAGCUCACAAACGUAUGUGCAUGUUUACAAAUAAUGUCCUUGAAAAAUGUAAAACAUGGGAAAUGGAAAAGGUAUAGAAAAAGGCAAGGAUGACUCCAGAAAGACCUAUGUAGAUCAAAACAUUUACCGUUCUACUUCUGUCUCACUAUUCCACAAACAGACACCUGGUUAUUUGUUGCUAUUCUCUGUACUGCAGCGUAGGAGCCUUAAUUAGAGCUUCCUACCCACAGGCAAUAAAUGCCAAGUUGUGAUAAACUGUCCCUUUAAUUCAAACUCUUAUUUAACAGACCUACUGCUUUUAUACUCUAUUUUCAACACUUCAAAUAGUAUUGCAUUUAUACUAAAAUAACAAAAAAUACAAUUGAAGACUCUGUUUUCUAAUUAGAUGGUUUCUAAGAACUUGUAUUUAUAUAUAUUUUUUGGUUGUUGGGGUAGAUGGGGACAAAAUAUCUAUGGGGGAAUUGUGGAAAAUUUUCCCUUAACAGUGGUGUGCUACAUUCUUGUAGAAUUAAAAUAAAAUGCAGAGUACCUUUUAGGUUCAAUAUAUUAAAGAGUCAAAGAAACCUGGAAACGUUUGAAAGGCACCAUAUGUAAUUUUGAAUGAGAAUUGUUUCCCACAUUUUUCCAUGUUCUUAUAUUUUUUUGGCAUUCAUCAUUUGAUUUAUUUAUUUAUUUGUGUAGUUUGGGGCACUGAAUUGAUAGAGUAGAAAUUUCUAUUUAGAAGAAUAAAUGUUGGUUGAUGUGCUCCAAAACACUCAAAUACUUUAAUAAAUAGCUGAAUAGGUUUAUUAUAGCAUAUACGUCAAAGGUUAUGAAAUAUGAACUCAUGACCGCACUCUGCAAAAUAAAUUACACAUUCCUUUCCUUGAUUACAAAAAAACCACAAAAAUACAGACGGAAAGAAGUAUCACUGCUAUGUUUGCGAUGAAAUUAAAGUUUAAGUAGAAUGAGACAGAAAAUCAUUUACAGUCA